UUAUCUUGUUUGCCGUCUUGCAUGGUUAAGUUUCCACUACAAACCCCCUUGGACUUGACAAAGUUUUUUCUUAUAUAUUAUCGUAUUAUCAUCCACAGACCAGCGUGGUUUCUUUUUUCCUUUCGAAGUAAGGUACUAUGGAGAUAUCUCUAGCGCUUUUGUUGGUCCUAGUUGCCAUUUCAGACAUCAUACAUCUUGUUCAAGCACAGAGCCAGCCAGGGUUUAUUAGUUUGGACUGCGGACUACCUGCGAAUGAACCAUCUCCUUACAGUGAGUCGAAAACUGGAUUGCGUUUCUCUUCGGACUCAAAGUUCAUCCAAACCGGAGAAAUUGGUAGAAUCCAAACAAAUCUAGAGAAUCCCUUGAAGCCAUACACGACGCUGAGGUAUUUUCCAGAAGGAACACGGAACUGCUACAAUCUACCCGUCGACAAGGGAAGGAAGUAUUUGAUCAAGGCUUGGUUUAGAUAUGGAAAUUAUGAUGGUCAUGACAUUAAACCCAUGUUUGAUCUGUAUAUUGGACCAAAUCUAUGGGCCACUGUUGAUAUGCAAAACCUAGAUGGAAAUAGUACAAGUGAAGAGAUCUUACACGUUCCAUCAUCAGACUCGCUGCAGAUUUGUCUUGUUAAGAAUGAGGGAACUACACCGUUCAUAUCAUCUUUGGAAUUACGGCCGUUGGGAAACGAUUCUUACAUCACUCAGUUUGGUUCUCUCAAGCUUGUAAGUCGAGGAUAUUAUACCACGUCAAAGAAUUACAUAAGGUAACCUAACUUCAAACAAACUUUGCGAACUAAUUAAAAUGAUCGGCUAUGGAGUCGGCUUUCUCCGUCGUCGUCGUUGACCUACAUAUCCACCACUAGCGAUGUUUCUGAUGGUGGAAAUUACAAUAUACCAAAAGCCGUGGGACAAAAGGCUGCCAUCCCCACUAAUGCUAGUCUGUCAUUGCUGAUUCAAUGGACUCCAGAAAGUUCUAAUGACCAAUAUUACGUGUAUUUACACCUUGCAGAGAUCCAAGACUUGCAGGCCAACGAAACCAGGGAAUUUUCCGUGUUCUUAGAUGGAAAUAGGUUAUCUGACCCGAUAAUUCCUAAAAAGUUUGAAAUAACAAGUAUGCAGAGCCUAAACCCGAGAACGUGUGGAGGAGAGGAAUGCAGUUUGAAGCUGACAAGAACCCAGAGGUCUACUCUUCCACCUCUACUUAACGCUUUUGAAAUCUAUAGAGUCAUCCAGUUUAUGCAACCCGAAACAAAUGAAACUGAAGUGGUGGCUUUAAAAAGUAUCCAAGACACCUAUAAAUUGAUUAGAAUCAACUGGCAAGGUGAUCCAUGUGUCCCUCAACACCUUAUGUGGGAUAAUUUAACCUGCAGUAACACAACUAUCUCCAGACCACCAAGAGUUACCUCUUUAAACUUGUCUUCUAUUGGUUUAACUGGAACCAUAGCAGCUGCCAUCCAAAACCUUACGCAGCUUGAAAAACUGGACUUGUCGAAUAAUAACUUGACUGGAGAGGUGCCGAAAUUUCUAGGCAACAUAACACCGUUGUUGUUCAUAAACUUAAGCGGGAACGAUCUCAAUGGUUCGAUACCUCAAUCGCUUCAGAGUAAAGGCAUAGAGCUACUUCUUCAUGGAAACCCAAGGCUUUGUCAGACAAAAUCAUGCACAAAACCACAAAGCAAGGACUUUCCGGUGGUAAUUGUUGCAACUGCGGCUUCUGUGAUCAUUCUCAUUGCCGUUUUGGUUCUUGUUUUUGUUCUUGUUUUCAGAAAGAAAAAUCAAUACACUGCUAUGCAAGCUCAACAGAUGCCACCAAAUAUGCCGGCAGUGGUGAACAUUGAAAAUGCUAAUUCACACGAACCGUUAAAUGAGAUUAAAAGGAGAAUGUUUACAUAUUCAGAGGUCAUUAAAAUGACAAAUAACUUCCAAAACAGUUUAGGUAAAGGAGGGUUUGGCAUGGUGUAUCAUGGUUUUGUAAAUGGUUCUAAACAAGUGGCUGUUAAAGUACUCUCUCAAUCUUCAACCCAAGGCUAUAAAGAAUUUAAAGCAGAGGUUGAUCUUCUUCUGAGAGUGCACCAUACAAAUUUGGUGACCCUUGUAGGGUAUUCCUACGAAGGAGAUCACUUGGCUCUCAUCUAUGAGUUUUUAACCAAUGGGGACUUAAAACAACAUUUGACCGGAAAAAGAAGUAGACCCAUCAUUAACUGGAGUAGUCGACUAGGAAUAGCUUUGGAGGCAGCAUUAGGAUUGGAGUACUUACAUAUUGGAUGCACACCGCCCAUGGUUCAUAGAGAUGUCAAAACUGCCAACAUAUUGCUAGAUGAUAAUUUCAAGGCCAAGCUCGCUGAUUUUGGGCUCUCAAGAUCUUUCCAAAGUGGAAUCGGAUAUCAGGAUUCCACAGCAAUUGCUGGUACUCCGGGAUACCUUGAUCCUGAAUAUAACCAUUCAGGUCGAUUGGGUGAGAAAAGUGAUGUCUACAGUUUCGGGAUAGUGUUGUUGGAGAUGAUCACAAAUCAACCUGUGAUUAGCCAGACGUCUGAAAAUUCUCAUAUAACAAAAUGGGUGAGCUCUAAGCUUAACUGCGGUGAUAUUAUUGAGAUUAUGGAUCCAAACCUUCGCAAGGAUUAUGACUCUAAUUCUGCAUGGAGAGCUGUUGAGCUGGCAAUGUCAUGUGCAAAUCCUUCUUACUCAAAACGACCGUCCAUGUCUCAGGUGAUUAACGAGCUAAAAGAAUGUAUCAUGUGUGAAAACUCAAGGUUAAGUAAUAAUCAAGGCUUGGAAUCUCGAGCAAUAAACAUCGGCUUGGACUCUUCGGUAGUUCCUAAGGCAAGAUAGGUUCUAGUGUUUGUCCACUUGUGGUACUAAUAAAGAAAGCAAUAAAUCGAUAAUUAGUUCAAUUUUAGCAAAAUUUGUAAACUAGUAGAAAAUUUUUAAUUUUGCUUUGGCCCCAUUGACAUGUUCAGAUCUUAUGCUCUGUUAUUUUGGUAAUUUUGGGUUCUUUAUGUGUCAUGAGUACCACGAACAGGUCGUUGUGUCUGAUAUCCUUGUCUUGUCGUCUGGCCUUGAGCCUAUUUCUUGCUUGGUUACCUCGAGAGAGGAAUGUAGAGGCUGAUACUUUGGCAAAGUGUACCUUGAAUGUGUUUGUACCUUUGGGCGUUGGGGAGACUUUUAAUGCUCUCAACUAACUAUCAAUUAAAAGUUAGUGUUUAAAAAAAAAAAGAGUACCACUAACAGGUCGUUUUGCUUUAACCAUCGGCAUUUCAAAGAUCAUCUUUCUGUUUUAGACUUUUAGUUACUUUGUGCGUGUAACACGUGUUUACUCUUGAGUUCCCUGAAAGUUCACAAAUUGAAACUAACUUGAGAAACAUAUACAGAGAGAUGUACAAGAUACUUUUUGCUUGAACAUCUGAAACAAAACUAGGUCUCUCAAUCCUGAAAAGUUCUUUCAUACUACUGCACACCAAAUUCUUGAUAAAGAUGUUUAAAAAACAAUUACCCAAUUGAAACGCAUUUACUCAUUCUUUUCAUUGAUUUAAGAAAGUCUUUGUUUUGCUUUCUUAUUUGAUUUGUUGAUAUAAUCACCUGAACAAUGGUUUUCUACUUUUCUUUUAUUUUUGCCUUUGGAAAAAUGAGGAUAAGAAGAGUUCACGUAGGCUUUUGUUUACCCUAAACAGAAAUAUCGGCCUUGGAAAGACGUUCAGUUAGUAAUGAUUCUUAUUACUACGUUCCUUGAAUCAUUUCUUUCGGAGCAGUUUCGAGAUUCACAUAAGGUUAGACACUUUUUCACAACCAUCUGUUGAGAUCUAACCUUUCUAGUUCAUGCUCAACCAUCACCUGACCAACUUAACAAAUAAAUGGGUGGGAUUGAUUUACAGCCAUAGAUUUAUUGCAAUUUUGGACGGCUUAGAUCUAAUGUUAUAGAUCAUGACAAAACUGAUAUAUCUCCUAUACAGAUCUAAUGUUAUCCUGAUUUUAUUAGACUCAUCCCUGUUCCAUUGUCGUCGUUUCUUUCAUUUUUUUUUUUCUGAAUCUCUACAAACCAGAAAAAUUUAUCAUUAAUCUGUUGGUUUCACAAAUCAGAAAAAUCUAAUGGGUAGAGAGAGCACUUGACUUACAGAGAGGAAGGAAGAAGAUGAGUUGUGCUCAAGUCAAGAUCGAGAACAAAGAAAUGUUACGCAGACUCUGUUUACGCUAUGAUUCUCACAAACACCGGAGCUGCUCUCAGCAUUACGCUCACGCCGAGUUCUAGCUAGUCUCUUCUCACUCUUCUUCAUUCAAGGCCGCCACAAUCGGUAACAUUCCCUCAAUUGCCACCGUCGUGUCUUCUUCUUCUGCAGCUGCGAUGAUCUGAGAUGCCAAGAGACAGAAGAAGAAAGGAUCAAAAGGGGAUGGUUUCUCUACUGGGGAGGGAGUUUAAGAAAUAGAGUGCUCAAAUUUGCAGAUUUUGGUGUUCAAUGAUUGUAAAGUUUCGAUCUUGGCCUCAAUGUUAGUUUCUAUUUCAUGUGACUGAGAGACUACUAAUGUUUGUCACAAUUUUCGAAUUUAUCCUUCGUGUAAAGUUUUGAUCUUGAAUCAAGAAACCUAAUGUUUUGCUUUGUGGAGAA